AUGUCCCCGAUAGAUGUUCCAGGCGAAUUCAAAGAUGAAUUAAGAGACGAGGACAAGCAUGACGAUGUCCCACCUUCCAGUCCAGGACUAGCAGGUCCAGUCCUGAGGCGCGAUGCUGGCAGAAAUCGCACCAAACCAGCGCCUAAAGCUAUCGCAGAAACUUUAACGCCAGGACUCUCAGAUGAAGACCUGUGGAUGCUCAUCCGGCGGUUUAACAAAGCAGCAGCCAAUACCGCCUCGGAGGAUCUCGACCUGAACAGGGCGCAGGAUGAACAGUUUCCCCCAGAGAAGCUUCGAAUCACGAUCGAGCGUUUCUAUACGUCGGUGGUGGUUGAGUUGGUGGGCUUCUGCAGGCAUAUCGCCCGGCUACGGUCGUGGAAAGAGCCUCGGCGGACGGCGGUUUUCUGUGCAGUAAGCUAUGAUACAGAGUUCCUCAUGAGCGAGUUGGAUCUAAUGCGUGCCGUGCAGGGUUACUUUAUUGCCUGGCUGUUGGAUGUGGUUAUUUUUACACUGUCGGGCCUGUUGAUUGCCUUGAUCUUGUGUCCGCCCCUCCGUCGGGCGCUUUUCCCUGGCGCAUCUCCAGCGUCUACUGACUUGGAGAAUUCGACACCUGGAGAUCCUCGGACGCAGGAUAGCAUUAUUGGGACCUCGGAAAGGCACAAAGGAGAGGCUGCUGAGCGGGAGGCUCAAAACCUAGUCAACAAUGUUGCGACCAUUGCCAUGAAGAGUGCUACUGGUAAAUACGGACAGGCUGUGCCUGAAGAUGCUGAAGAGGUCGCCGAGCCGGAGAGUCUGGCAGAUGUUGUGGAUGCGGCGGAAGGACUUGAUGAAAGCGUUACAGCGGAGUCGCAGAAGCCGAUGAAGAGAAAGGUAGCCAACGCUACCGACGAGAUAAUGCGGACGAUGAAUGAUAUUACGGACACUUAUGAGAAGUUCUGCAAUCUCCUCUCACCGACACCUCCAUUUAUAACAUACGCCCCUCGUCUACGUCUCGCGGGAAUCAUGGCCACCGUAUGCCUCCUAUCGCUCGUUGUGUCGAGCAAUUUCAUCAUCAAGGCUACUGCUUUUACACUUGGCCUGGGCUUCUUCGGGGGUCCAAUCAUCAAUUACAGCAUUGAAUAUCUUAAUCGCAAGAUUCCCAAUUGGAGGGAACACCUCGACCUGCAACAGACACUCCUCAAAGGCAUCCCGACUAAUGCACAAUUGACACUGACUCUGCUACGCAUUGGCGAGAUCAACUCCUCUCCUCUUCCUCCCCCACCAGUUACCGACGACAAGGAAUCCUCGUCGCUCAUCCGCAGCAAAGCACGCGCCCUCAUCGCUUCCAACACAACCCCAACUGCCCAAGAGAACAGCGGCUCGACAAACUCCUCCACCGACCACCAGACUGGCCCAGCGCCCAAACAGCGAAAGAAAUGGUUUCUCAAAGUCCUCCGAUUUGUCCGCCGGACAAUCGCGACCGCAAUCAAAAGCCACGGCGCAUUCGACCGCGCCAUGCGCAUCGCCAACUCCGCACACACGCGAACCCUGCUAGAACUCCUAGCCAAGAAGGAUUGGUUUGCGGCGUCUACGGGGCCCCUCAAAUUUGAAGCCAAGUUCCAGCGGAAGCGUGGGACGGCCGUGAUCGACUCUGCCCAGGAACCGCCGGUGAUGUACUUUACGACUACGCAAUCUGCAUCGAUUGAUAAUUUGAAACUGGAGAGCCAGAAGAAGGGAUCAGUAUUGUUCCAGAUCCCUGUUAGUGAUAUUACGGAGCUCAAAAAGACGGAAGGGCUGGGGUGGAAGGGCAAGUUGAUUGUCGAGUUGACCGCGGGGAGCAAAGAGGCUGCGGAUGGACUGGUUAUCUCCGCGAGCGAAAGCGAGCAGGCGUAUCAUUUGACUGGGAUGAAAGCGCGAGAUCAGUUGUUUAAUCGGUUGAUUGCUAUUGAUGCGCAGUUUUGGGAGAGUUGUUAG